AUGUUUACUAUCAAGGGAAAAUUGCGAGUGGGUUCAUCGCGAGCCUCUGUAGGUGGACAAUCCCGUCCAACUGUGGGUGGUAAGAAUUUCAAGGUUUUUUCGGAUAAUGAUCGGAUUAAAGUUGGUGAUGGGUCCAAGACAUCUGCAAGACAAGUUGGUGCUGCUUCAAGAAAGAGUGCUAUAGCAGUUGACAAAGGCAUGGAGAAAAGUAGCGGAACAUAUGACACUUCUUCAAAUAUAAACUCGAGAAAAGCAUUGACUGAUGUUACCAAUGAUCACGGAAACUCUACGACAGCUGCUAAGCGUUGUUAUAUCUCCAAGGUUUCAGCAGGUUCAACCACUAAAAAAGUGGGUAUCUCUUUGAGAAAAUCCCUCACGGUUAAAGAGCAGAGAAAUACUAGUCAUAGUGGAGUUCAAUUAGAUGCUCCCAGUAGAGGCACAGGUCUAAGGGUUCCUUUAGGUGACCAGAAGAAUAGUUUAAAUGGAGGUCAGUCUGCUGCCUCAAAGGAUAGGUUUGGAAGGAAGCCUAUAUUACCUACAACUACAAGAACUUCAAGGAAGUCUCUCCCAGUUACUUUAGGUACAGGCUUAAUGGUUUCUUUAGGUGAUCAGAAGAAUAGCUCAAAUGGAGGUCCAUCAGUUGUGACAAAAGAUAGGUUUGCAAGGAAGCAUAUGUUGCCUACAACUACAAGCACUUCAAGGAAGUCUCUGCCAGUUCCUAGAAGGGUAAACAGGGUAGAUACGAAUAACACAAAGGAAAAUGCUGGAAGUUCUGAAUCAUCCAAUAGCCAAAAUGGUCUACCAAGUAAGCUGACAGCAGGCAGAAGGGUUAGUUCACAACUAAUCAAAGCAAGGAGCCAUAUAUUGAAGACUCGAGUUAGUGACGGCUUUGUUCAAACGGUUACAAUUAAUGCUAACCAAACAUCCUCAAGGAAUUCCACCAAGCCUAUUGUUAAGACCACACUCAAGGCUUGUACAUCUCAGAGGACUUUAAAAUCUAAAUCCAUAGCCGAUCAGAACAAAUCAAAACCAACUACUGCCGUAGCAUCCAAGGAUGAGGAUAAGAUUUCUUCUUCACUUCCUAAGGGUGAGAAAAACGUUUCUUCGUCUCUUCCUAAAGAUGAGGAAAGCAUUUCUUUCUCUCUUCCUGAGAAUAGUUCAGUGGUCAUUUCCGAUGGUGCAAAUCAAAGACAUCAACCAACUGAUAGAGAUGGUAGUCUAAACUCAGAUUUGUCAGAGUUGAUUCCAAGAAAAAGUUCCAGCCGUCGGAAAUCUUAUACAACUUCACUAAUUGAAAAAUCUAAGAUUCUCAAGGAAAAUGGUGAAGUCAGGAAGCAGGAUAGCCUACCAAAUAUAGAUGAUGAAUGUAAUCAUCUAGAAGUUUCUGAGUAUAUUGAUGAUAUAUAUCAUUACUAUUGGGUCACCGAGGCACAUAGUCAAGCUCUGUCGAAUUACAUGUCGAUUCAGACAGAGAUUACUCCUCAUAUGCGAGGAGUAUUGGUCAACUGGCUAAUUGAGGUACACUUCAAAUAUGAUUUGAUGCCAGAAACACUAUAUCUGACAGUGACAUUGUUGGAUCAAUAUCUUUCUCAAGUGACUGUAAAAACGAGUGACAUGCAGUUAGUUGGUCUUACAGCACUUUUACUGGCUUCAAAGUAUGAAGACUUUUGGCAUCCAAGGGUAAAGGAUUUGAUUAGCAUCUCGGCUGAAACUUAUACUAGAGAUCAAAUGCUUGGAAUGGAAAAGCUUAUUCUUAGAAAAUUGAAGUUCCGUCUUAAUGCUCCCACUCCUUAUGUUUUUAUGGUUAGGUUUAUCAAGGCUGCACAAUCAAAUAAGAAGCUGGAACACAUGGCAUUCUUUCUCAUUGACCUGUGUUUGGUUGAAUAUGAAGCUUUAGCAUUCAAGCCUUCGUUACUAUGUGCAUCAGCUCUCUAUCUUGCACGUUGUACGCUGCAAAUAACCCCAUCAUGGACACCACUACUUCAAAAGCAUGCACGUUAUGACGUUUCACAGAUCAGGGAUUGUGCUGAUAUGAUGUUGAAAUUCCAUAAAGCUGCUGGGAAGGGAAAGUUAACAGUGGCUUAUGAAAAAUAUUCCAGAAAGGAACUCAGUGCCGUAGCAGGAGUGAAACCGUUGGAUAGACUUCCCCAUUAUUAA